ACCCCUCUGUCCCUCCCUCCCUCCCUGCUGACUAUCUCUCGCUUUUCUCCUUCUCCCUCUGCUCCUCUCCUCUCCUCGCGAUUAUUUGAUUCUUAUUUCUACAGUGUGCGCGUGUUUCUUGUGAUCGACGGAAAACAUGUCGGGACCUCUUGAUUUCUUCGCUAGGCCAUGCUUUGAAGGUUCCUCGGCCAAUGACGAGAGAAGGGAAAGGAAAUCUGAUUUUGAUAUCUCGGAGGACGAGAGAAAGACAAAAAUUGGUGCUCUAAAGAAGAAAGCCCUUAGUGCAUCCUCGAGAUUCAAGCACUCACUCAAGAAGAAAAGCAAUAGAACAAAGAAUGGGGGGCGAUCCAGCUCUGUCUCCAUUGAGGAUAUUCGGGAUGUUGAGGAGCUACAGGCAGUCGAUGAAUUUAGGCAAGAAUUGAUUUUGGAUGAACUAUUAGUGGAACGCCAUGAUGAUUAUUACUUGAUGUUGAGGUUUUUGAGAGCGAGGAAAUUUGACAUCGAGAAAGCAAAGAACAUGUGGGCUGAUAUGAUCCAGUGGAGGAAGGAAUUUGGUGCUGAUAACAUUAUGCAGGAGUUUGAGUUUGAAGAGUUAGAUGAAGUUUUGAACUAUUACCCACAUGGUUACCAUGGCGUUGACAAGGAGGGAAGACCUAUAUAUAUUGAAAGGCUCGGGAAAGUUGAUCCUAGCAAACUCAUGCAAGUAACAACACUGGAGCGUUAUAUAAAGUACCAUGUUAAAGAGUUUGAAAAAACCUUUGCCAUUAAGUUUCCGGCUUGCACAAUUGCAGCAAAGAGGCACAUUGACUCUAGCACCACAAUUCUUGAUGUUCAAGGCGUGGGUUUUAAAAACUUCACUAAGAAUGCCCGGGAGCUUAUCACGCAGCUGCAGAAGAUUGAUGGUGAUAAUUAUCCUGAAACACUCCAUCAGAUGUUUAUCAUCAAUGCUGGUCAAGGAUUCAAGUUGUUGUGGAAUACCGUAAAGAGCUUUCUAGACCCCAAAACAACUUCCAAGAUUCACGUUCUUGGCAACAAGUAUCAGAACAAGCUGCUUGAAGUAAUAGAUGCUAGUGAGUUGCCAGAUUUUCUGGGUGGAAACUGUACAUGUGCUGAUGAAGGAGGGUGCCUUCGUUCUGAUAAAGGUCCAUGGAAAAACCCAGCCUUAUUGAAGAUGGUUGGUGAAGCACGUCGUUGCAAGCAGGUUCUUAAGGUUCUGAACAGCGAAGGAAAGGUGGUUUAUGCUAAACCCCGUUUCCCAAUGGUAAAAGGCAGUGACACAUCAGCUGAGUCGGGAUCUGAAGCUGAAGAAAUUGCUUCACCGAAAGCUAAGAGGAGUUUUUCACAGCUUAGGCUUACUCCUGUUCGUGAAGAGAAACAGGCAAGAGUUAUUGGGACAACAAUCAUCUCAGGAUUUGAUGAAUAUGUUCCCAUGGUUGAUAAGGCUGUUGAUUCUGGUUUGAAGAAACAAUCAUAUCUUCAAAAGCCAUAUGUUCCUAAAGCGACGCUUUCACCACCCGUUACUCAAAACACUCCGGAUGGGCUUCAUGCUCGCAUUUUAGGAGCUCUUAUGGCUUUCUUCAUGGCUGUUUUCAUGCUUUUCCGCUCUGUGGUUUCCUGCAUAACCAAGAAACUUCCAGAUGCAUCCCCCCCUCGGGAUCAAGCUCUUGGUGAAUUCUCGUCUGCAGAAAUCCCCAAGGAAGAGUUUCGCCCCCCUUCACCAACUCCAGCUUAUACAGAAGCUGAACUUCUCUCUGCUGUGCUCAAGAGACUAGGUGAACUAGAGGAGAAAGUAAAUUCGAUUCAAAGAAAGCCAUCUGAGAUGCCAUAUGAAAAAGAGGAAUUGUUAAUGGCUGCUGUUUGUAGAGUGGAAGCCUUAGAAGCCGAGCUAAUUUCCACCAAGAAGGCUUUAUUUCAAGCUUUGAUGAGGCAAGAGGAGCUUCUUGCAUAUAUUGACAGACAACAAGUAGCCAAACCCCGGGCACCAGGUUGCCGCAUAUUUUAGAAGUUGCAGAUGCAGCAGGGAAUCCCUAACACAAGCUUGAACUUUGCUUGUCUAUGCACUGCAGUUUUAAACAGUAAAAGAAGUCCCGCCUCUAAAGACUUUUGCUUUUGAUUCAUUUCAAAUUUGUUUGUUCUUUUUUGUGUGUUCAGCAAUCUUGGCUGAUCAUGCUGAUUUUUUCUUUAAAUAAACAAAAAACAAUCUAAAUUGUUUCGACAUUUUAUUUGGAAUAAUAUCACACCAUUGUGAAA